GCUGUUUAUUUGUAAAUAAAACAAAGUAAAUGUAAACAAAAACGCUCAAACUUCCUUAAUAGAUAGAAAACAUAAAUUAUCAAUUAAAUUAACUAGCAAUGCCUGAUCACAGUGAAGAAAUAUUAAAAAUACGUAGAUUUCUUAAAGAACGUUUGCAAAAAGACUACACCACCUUUCGGGGACACGAAAAUGAACGAGAAAAUGUUAGACAAUUAUUGCAGCGCACAGCCGAAAUGGGAGAAUCGAAUUCCUUGCUAUUAAUAGGACCCAGAGGAUCGGGAAAAACUACGCUCAUUAAUGCCGCUUUGGCGGAUUUAAUGAAAAACAAAGAUUUUGUUGCGAAUACCUUGAUUGUGCAUCUUGAUGGUAAUCUUCAUACUGAUGACAGAUUGGCCCUAAAAUCAGCCACAGUACAAAUGCAAUUGGAAAAUGCCACUGAUGGAAAAGUAUUUGGUUCAUUUGCUGAAAAUUUAGCCUUUCUAUUGGCUUGUCUCAAGGCUGGCAAUAGAAGGUCCAAAAGUGUUGUCUUUAUCCUGGAGGAGUUUGAUUUAUUUUGUGCUCAUCAUAACCAGACGCUACUCUACAAUCUGUUUGAUGUUUCACAAAGUGCUCAGGCGCCCAUUUGUGUUUUGGGUGUUACUUGUCGUCUGGAUGUUAUAGAAUUGCUAGAGAAACGUGUUAAAUCUCGCUUUUCCCAUCGUCAAGUUUUUAUAUUUCCAAAUUCAGAAAGUUUUGAGGGAUAUCUAAAACUCUUUGGUGAUCUUUUAACCAUACCCAGUGAUAAAGAACUUAAAGAACAUGCCGAAAGGGUAGAAACUCUUAAGAAAAUAAAUUCCCAAGAAUUGACUUUUCAUCGUAAUCAUUUCCAACCCGGCAAAUAUAAAUUCAACAAGAAAAUCUCUGAUGCUUGGAAUAAAUAUAUACAAAGUUUACUCAAAAACAGCACAGUCAACAAGUCACUGCAGGCCAUAUUUGAUUUUGAUGUUAGUGAAUCUUUACUAAAAACUUUCAUCUUUCGUCUAGUGGCGCAAAUACAGCCUCAAGCUAAUAUAGAAGCACAAAUUACUCCAGAACAAAUAGCUCAACUUACAGCCUCUUACGAAUCCGAUGAUAAGGUAGAGCUUUUAUGUGGCCUAUCGGUUUUGGAAUUAUGCCUCAUUAUAGCCAUUAAACAUCAUUCGGAAAUCUAUGACAGAGAUCCUUUUAAUUUUGAAAUUAUCUUCUCUAGAUUUACGAAAUUUGCCAAAGUUUCUUCAACAAUGCAGGGUGUGGAGAGAUCGGUAGUUUUAAAGGCUUUUGAACAUUUACGCAAUGUGGAGUUACUUUUGCCUUUGAUGUCUACUAGUUGCAAAGUUCAGAAGGAAUUUGAAAUGCACAAGUUGGCCUUAACCUAUACUCAAAUAAAUCAGGCCGUACAACGUUAUCAGGCACUACCCACAGAAGUGCAUCAGUGGUCACAGAGUUCUUUAAUAUAAAUUUAUUGUUUCUUAAUUGUUUUUUAAUAAAGUAUUUCGUUUUUUUUAUA